UGUUAAUUUGUUAAUUAGAGACAUAAACUCUUCUAAGUUAUUGGCUUUCUUGGCUGAUUCAGGCAACUCAUUUCUUGCUCAAAUGAUCUUCAAGAUGGACAAGUCUCUGCUGAUGUUCUUGUUUCUUUUGUUCCUCGCAGUAACGGCGGUUGAAGGACAAAUGUCUAAAAAAGGAUCGAAAUCCUCCAAAGGCAGUAAAAGCAAAGCACCGACUACCACAAAAGAAAAACUGACGACUACAACAAAGGCACCAACUACCACAAAACAAAAACUGACUACUACAACAAAGGCAUCGACUACCACAAAACAGAAACUGACGACUACAACAAAGGCAUCGACCACUACAACAAAGGCACCGACUACCACAAAAGCACAGGCUGAGACUUGCAAUGUUAAAAUGGGAGACAUUAUUUUCAUCUUGGACGUCUCUUCCUCUGUCGGAUUUGAUAAUUUUGAAAAUGAAAAGAAUUUCGUGGCCAAUUUGACCACAAACUACAAUAUCAGCGCAACUGAGGUCCGCAUGGGUCUUUUGAAUUUUGACAAAAUAGUCAGGAAAAACUUCGAUUUGAAAGAUCAUUUGGACAAAGACUCAUUGAAAAAGGCAAUCACGAGCAUCGAAUAUCCUAAUAGCAAUGGUACUUAUACUUACAAGGCACUUGAGUAUGUUUUAAAAGAAGAUAUGUUCAGUCCAGCUGCCGGAGGUAGAGUGAACGCCCCUGACAUCAUCAUCGUCAUUACAGAUGGAGAAUCAAACGACAAAAACAAAACAAAAAAAGCUGCCAAAGAACUAAAAGAUAAGAACAUCAAAGUGAUGGUUGUGGGUAUUGGCCUGAAACAGUCAAAUAAGGAGCUUCAAGACAUAGCCAGCGCAGAUUCCAUGGUCUUCUCUGUUACAGACUUCAGUCGACUAGCUAACAUUGAGCAGGAGCUGUUUCUUAAAGCAUGCGAAGUGGUAGUAACCACAACCACAACAAGAGCACCGUUAAUUACUUCUACACCUAAAUCAGUGUACCCUCCACCGCCUGACCUAUGUAAAGGUAAAAAUGACAUUGUCUUCGUCCUCGAUACCUCCACCAGCAUUGGCCCCAAGAAAUUGCUAAACGAAACUACUUUAGCUGCCAACUUAAUCGACUUUUUGACCAAUCGACAUUACAAUGUCAGGUUCGGAGCAUUGAUCUUCAACCUAGCCCCAAAGAAAAUAUUUGAUUUGAAGGAUUUUACAGACAAAGCGUUGAUGAGAGAGACCUUACUUGGUAUCCAGUACCCAAAUACCCCAGGUACUUUCACAGAUAAAGCGCUCAGCGCCGUUAAUGGUUUCAACAUGUUUGGCACUGCAGCUGGGGGUCGUGAUGACGCUCCUGAUAUCAUUAUUUUAAUGACUGAUGGUAUUUCUCGCAACACGACCAGAACUAUUGCGGCAGCCAACGUCCUUAAGAACACCAACAAGACAGCCAUUAUCACCAUUGGUAUUGGAAACAACCUGAAUGUUAGCGAACUGAAGGCUGUAGCCAGUUCUCCUGCGUACCAGUUCGAUUCACAAACAAACUUCAAUAGAUAUUUGAACCAGCUUACAUGUUAAUGGGAUCUAAUCUCUUAUGACAUAGAUUUAGCUUAACACCAUCUAUAACAUGUUUUCAUAAUUAAUUAUUUAGCUUUGCGUAUUGCUAUCACUUAAGUUGGACACUAUGAUUCAAAUGAAAGAACUUUGCUAGUUAAUAGAUUUAAUAAUUUAAAUUUAAUUUUCGUUAAUACUUCAUAAUUAAUAUGUACACGUUUUUUUUAAAAAUAGAACAUUAAUUUUUACUCAUUUCAAAUCUAGAUAAUUUCCCUAAAAAAUGCAUUGUCGAAAUUUAUUUUAAAUGCUUUAUUCAUUCAAAUAAAACGAAUAUAAAGAUAACGUCA